AGCGAUACACAAGCGCACCCCUGCGAUACGAAUAUAAAGCGCACAUGCCCAGCGCUCGCCACACACUUUUUCUCUUGUGCCGUUACUGCGCUUCCAAAGACACCAACUCCAAAUAAUCGAAUCAUCAUGCCUGGGCGUCCAUUGUGGCAGGUUGCUGGGAAACGAGAAGCCAGCCAAGAGGCCGAGGCUCAACAAUGGAUCGAACAGGUCGUAGGAGAAAGAUUUCCACAAAAUGUCAGCUACGAAGAUGCACUCAGGGAUGGCGUACUCCUAUGCAAGCUCAUGAACAAACUUCAGGCUGGACUGAUUUCAAAAAUCAACACCUCCGGUGGCGACUACAAGAUGAUGGACAACCUCAAUCAAUUUCAAAAAGCCUGCAUUAAGUACGGAGUCCCGGACGUCGAUCUCUUUCAAGCGGUAGAUCUGAUGGAGCGCAAAAACAUUGCCCAAGUAACAAAUACGAUUUUCGCUAUUGGCCGAACCGCGUACCGUCAUCCGGAAUGGCGUGGACCCUGGCUUGGGCCAAGACCCGCGGAGGAGAACAAGCGAGCGUUUACCGAAGAACAAUUAAGGGCUGGUGAAGGUCUUAUCGGGCUACAAGCGGGUAGUAACAAGGGCGCCACUCAGGCGGGCCAGAGUUUUGGAGCCACAAGAAAAAUACUUCUGGGAAAAUAGUGAAAUCGUACACUUAUCUUUCAAACUUAUUAAUAUAUUUAAUCUCUUCUGAAAA